AUUCGUCAUCAAUGGAUAUGAAAUAGACAUUGACACUUUUUUGAAAAACAUAUGUUUGGGGUUCAUUAAAACUUUCAGGUUUCAGGCAAAAUGAAACCCUCAAUAAAAGUAGCAGAAAAACUACCCGAGAGAAUUUCUAAAAUUAAGGAACAGUGUACUGGAAAAUUAUUUGGAAUAUUUCAAGAAAAUAGCAUUUACAUAAUUUCUUUGAUAUCAGACAUCGAAAAUGGACCCAAUUUGGAAGAAUCCCUUCCAGCUGAACUGCGAUUCUGUGGACUUUUUCAUUCUUGCCUUGAGCCAGUGAAUCAGAUGAACCCCAAAGAAAAUGUUGAUAAGCACAGUGUUUUGAUUUCAUAUGAAUUCAAAACUGGCACCAUGAAAUUCAGUGUUGAAGAAAAUGGAAAUUUUGUAGAAGCUAAUUACGAUAUUGUUAGUGAACAAGACAUAAGCAACUUAUUUGUAACUAUUCGAAUAAAUGGUAACAUUCCAUUGAAAUCCGAAGCAACCCAAACAUCUAUACAGGAAUCUUUUCAGAAAAUAUAUAAAUCAUUAUCACUUGGAGCAAUUGCCUUUAGGUUUUCAAAGUCUGAUAUCUUUCUACUGGAUCCUCAAUCUGACAACAAUAUAAUUGGAAUUGAUGGAGAUAUUGAUAUUGGUGAAGUUUGUAAAGAUUCCAAUUCUUUCAAUGAAGAAUCAAGCAGAAAGAGAAAUAUUUCAAAAUCUACAAUAAGAAUACUUGAAAUGGAUAUAUUGAGACCUGUUACAAAAAGUCAAAAUGGUUUGAUUAAAGAGCAUGCACCUUUAUGUGUUUUGGAUAAAAUUCAACAGGAGGUAGUUGAUAUGACAAUUAGAGUAGACUCUUUAGCGAUGAUUCCUACCCAAACAAAACUGUCUAACCUGUAUGAUAUAUUAUUGAAAAGCGUUGAAAAAUAUCUACAGUUAUUUCAAACGAAACUAUGCAAAGAACUUCUCAGUUCGAAUAAGAAAAGUAGGAGCUUAGCUGUUGAAACUUAUCAUUUCCUGCCUCCAGAAUGUGGGCACUUCGUCACGAUUCUGUAUCCGAAAAAUGAGACGGAGGCAUCUUUACAGGCUUAUCGUCAUCUCCUCCAUAGGCAGUUGCUGUUAGAUUUUGUAUCACCAGCAUUCCGUAGAGCAAAUAAAUACUGUUUCAACACUGACAGUGGCAACAAUGGUCCCUUGAUAAAUCCUCACGAAGGAAUUAAGCCUACCGACAAUGGAGGAACAGUGGCUCUUGUGAAAGGAAAAUACGAAUACUAUCACUACUGCCAAAAAGGGAUGGAUGACGACGGUUGGGGAUGUGCCUAUAGAUCCUUACAGACGCUAGCUUCAUGGUUCAAG